AUGACAGCGGCGUCCACAAACACGAAGGGCUCAGUCAAGGAGGCGACAGUUCUCGUGACGCCAGAGGCCGGACGUCGGACAGCGGUGAUCCAAGGGAUGAAGCACCGCGUCUCGAAUGUGACGCCGAUGCGUCGCAUUCACGAGGGGCUGAGUCUGAACGACUUUGUGCUUCUCAUGAAGGAGGUGGAGAGUGCCGUGCGUUCACAGACAGCCUCGUCCUCCUCGGCACACGAGACGUCUAGGUAA